AAUAAAUUGAAUACAAAUACAAAACGGAGUGGAAGCUACGUUUCUUUUAUUUUCUCUCUUUCUCCGGCUCUGUGACUCUGGGAAUUAAUCUCCGCACAUCCUCGCUCCAAUCAUCCGGGCCCAUUCCUCACCCCACCCGCACCCCUUCUACUUCUACUUCGACACCUCUCUGGGCUCCCUUCAAGCUUCCUCCCUUUCAUCUUCCGAUCACUGUCCUUUGGAUCCCACAAUGCAAGUUCCCUGCGGAACUUUGGGUUGAAUUUCAUGGGGAAUCUACGCGCCACCUAACAUAGAUAGAUUACGCGCCUUGGAAGGCCGUAACAGAAAUUCCCUUCCCACCCCCCGGAAUCCCCAUACUCAAGGUGCCUCCCGAAACCUACCUUGGAUCUCGGGCUGAUCUCCACGAUCACCCACCUACACAACACACACACACACACACACACACACACACACACACACACACACACACAAUCGCCCCCCAUGGCGCAAUCAUAUCAUCAGUCCCAGGCAGCCCUGGCCGGCUUCCUCGACUCAAUGCAACAAGACACUAGCAUGUCCGCAUACAACUUGUUCGGCCCUUCGCAAUAUCCAGAGAGUGUCGCCUUCUGGCAUGACCCUUCCGCGGCGCCGCCGCCCAUGGCCCUUCCCGCUCCGUCAUACCCGCCCAAGCAGCCGACCCUCCUCCAGCCCAUCCCGGAUCAGAAGAAACACCGGCGCACCCGCAGUGGCUGCUUCACUUGUCGAUCGCGUCGCAUCAAAUGCGACGAGACUCGCCCUAUUUGCGAGCGUUGCCGGAAAGGUAGUCGAGACUGCGUGUAUCCCUCGCCAACCGCCCCCUCGGCCAAAAGCUCCCGCUCGACGGCCAAAACACGCAGUGCUCGCCCUCAGUCGCAGGGUAGUGACUCAUCCGGCAGAGUGGACGUCGAUGAAGUUAGCCCCUUGGAGCCUAUCAUCGACGAAGAGGAGCCCGAGGGUGCUGAUGGAGGAUCGGGACUAUCGCCAACGAGCGGCAGUGGUACUGGCCAGUUACGACAUGAUCUGCACCGCACUCAAAGUGGCCAGUCGCUGCGGAAACGCAGCAUCAAACAGCCCUCGGAGGCGGGAUCAUUCCAUCUAGAACCGAGCAGUUCACCCUCGACCGAGUCAUCGAGAUUUGAGUCGAUGAGCGUGCGGUCGGCUAGUAUCAGCCAAUCUACGCUCGACUUGCUCAACAACAGCCGACUCUCGGAUGAUAUCCGGUUCUAUUUGGACUUUCAUCAACAAUUUAUCUCGCAUGAGCAUUUCUUUUUGAGACAGGGCAGUGCCCAUUUCAUCCAUCACAGCAUUAUCGAACUUGCUCUCGGGUAUGAGCCUUUACUGUAUGCUUUGGUGGGAUUCUCGGCAUACCAUCACACCUUGCAGGGUGGAGGGAAGCUCUAUGCAUUUUUAAAAUAUUAUAACAAGGCUUUGACGCUCUUGCGAAAGUCUUUGGAAUCGGGCGAGGGACAUAGUGAAGCAACGUUGUGCACAGUUCUUGUUUUGACGACGUUUGAGGAAUAUAUCGGGGAUUGGGUAAAUCUCAUCGAUCACCAUCAAGCCGCACACGCCUUGAUGCGAGAACUAUUGACACCCGAAUCCGCUAAUUUGAUCGAACUCCAUACCAACAUCUUCCUGUGGUACGCCCGAUUUGACGUGGUGGCAGGCAUUCUGGCAGGUACCGAGGCGAUCCUUGGCCGUGACUGGUACAUGGCAAAGGAGCACUAUGACGCCGAGCAAGCAGCCCUCUACCCCGACGACCCAAGCAAACAGCUUGCCCUCGUAGCCUCGAUCAAUCGACGCUUCGGGCUGGACAUGGCCUCACUAUACGCAAAACUCUCGCGUGGCAUGAUCCCAAUCGACCAGUUUGCCAUUCAAAACGAACAACUCGGUCAAACGAUGGAACGUGCAAAGAAUAUCCUCAAACAAUUCGAUGAUUGCGAAGAUUCUGUGCGCUCGUAUCCAAAUCAGCAACCUCUAACGGACAAUGACAUCGUGGACCCUUAUGUACCGGGGUGUAUACUGCAGGGACCCCUGUGGGAUGGAAACUAUGCGAGGAUUGAUCUUCUUUCCACCGAGUUGAUGUUUAAAUAUCAAACCAUGCUUUCGUUGAAGCAGCCGCUCAUUCCGGAUUUGGAACGGUUGGCCUUUGAACAGUGUCAGUUGAUAGAGACGAUAUCGCGCUGGCCGGCCAAGGGCAACGGAUAUUGCAUCGGCUUCAAGAACAGUAUUGGUCUUUCGAGCAUGUUCUUGCCCAAGGAUUUGAAGCACCAGAUGUGGUCAAGGCACAAGCUGGCCUUGAUGGAGCAGAAUGGGUACAUCAUCGCCCCUCGAUUCCGCGCUGCCCUCGCCGCCAUCUGGCAGCUCCCCGAUAUCAAUCACUGGUGGCUUCCUAAUGACGAAGGCUACACAGACAUCAUCCGCGAGGUCCGGGAGAUGUCCGAAGAGCGAAUGAACCAACCUCUGGAUGAUUUCCGGGAGAAUGUGCGGGACAUGAAGUCGCUCUUCUGGAAGCUUAGUGUGGAUGAUCAGAAUGAGGAGCAGAGCCCUUCGAGCAGCCACACCAGCUAUACCUGAAAUGUUACCGAAAAGCAUUAUGCUCCGCCACGCCGAUAUAAUCCCAUCACAUUGGGACGCGACCCCAUUCAUGCAUCCCCCGAAUCUCUGCGUAUCGCGAGUCACAAGCGUUCUCCCCGCUGCGUUCCGGUCACAGCUAGAUCAUCGACAGAUUUCUCAUAGACAAGUGCCCGCGACUUCUACAUCCGGAGCACAUAUCAUCAUCAUGAAUACCUCUAUACCUCCGAGCAGCUGAUAUUAUUCUCAGCCGCUUUUCCACGGAGGAACCAACUCACCCCUGAAGAACCGUGCCGGGCCGCAGUGCCGCACACCUUGUACUACCUGUCACACAUCCACAUCUAUAUCCUAAUCUCUCCCCUCGAUUCCCUCCCUCUUUUCCUCGAGCCCAUGCCCGGUAUUCCCGCAGCUCAUGACCUUACGUGUACACUCAUCAUUUCAUAUACCCUACCCCGCUGAUAAUUCAACAAACUUCACAUACCAUCUCCACCUGUCAUAUUAGUGGCCACACCUCGGAAUCUACUCAAACAGCAAUAGAAAUACAGGAACGCAAUGGAUGGCCGUGUAUAAACAAUGGUCAAUGUCAUUUAGUCAUUCAAGUGGACAAUUCC